CAUCGUGCUAUUUAUAGACUAAUGGGAUAAACCGGAAGUUUUCUUUAAGUCAGGGGUGGAGUGAACUUAAAAUGGCGGAAAUUUUAUUCUGUUGUUCUUACGACAACAACAAAGCUGGAAGAAUACGAAGUAAAGAAAUAGACCGGCGACUAAAUAAAGAUCGAGUUACAUUUAGAAGAACGGUACGCGUACUUUUGUUAGGUGCUGGUGAAAGUGGUAAAAGUACUUUUCUUAAACAGAUGCGUAUUAUUCAUGGCUUGGAUUUUGACGAUGAGCAAAUCAGAGAGUUCCGAAUGGUUAUUUACAACAACAUUCUCAAAGGAAUGAGAGUGUUGAUAGACGCAAGACAGAAACUCGGAAUAUCAUGGGGAGAUGAAACGUGUAUAAAAGAUGCAGCAAAAGUGUUUGAUUUUAAUGGUCUUAUAAAAUUAGAUCCAUCAGUUUUUUGUGAUUACCUUGAUUCGUUGAUUAAAUUGUGGCGAGAUUCAGGAAUACGAAAAGCUUUUGACAGAAGAAGGGAAUACCAGUUGGGGGACUCACUCAAGUACUUUUUGGAUAACGUCGCAAGGAUUGGUACGAUAAAUUAUAUUCCAUCAAAGCAAGAUAUUCUACUGGCCAGGAAAGCCACCAAAGGAAUCAUUGAACACCAGAUUAUGAUCAAAGGGGUGCCUUUUAUGUUCAUAGAUGUUGGAGGUCAGAGGUCACAACGCCAGAAAUGGUUUCAGUGCUUCGAAGGAAUUACAUCCAUUUUAUUUUUAGCCUCUGCUAGUGAAUUUGAUCAGGUUUUAAUGGAGGAUCGUAAGACUAACAGAUUGGUGGAGUCUUGCAACAUAUUUGAAACUAUCAUCAACAAUCGAAGCUUUGCUCUAGUAUCGAUCAUUCUCUUCCUUAACAAAAUGGACCUUUUAGCAGAUAAAGUGAAACAGGUGAACAUUGCAGAUUAUUUCACUGACUUCCAUGGCAACCCGCACAAUCUUGACGAUGUCAAGAGGUUCCUCUGCAACAUGUUUGACUCCAGGAGGCGGGAGCGAAGUAAACCACUAUUUCACCACUUCACGACCGCUAUCGACACGGAAAACAUAAAGCAUGUGUUUCAGGAUGUGAAAGACACAAUAUUACAUGACAAUUUGCGCUCACUAAUGCUGCAGUGAGAGAGAGAGAGAUUUUCCUUGCACUUAAGAAAACUGCAAUGCUUAGAACAGGAAUGUUGGAUUAUUUUGUGAUUUACUCUCAGAAGUUCCUGCUGAACUCCUCAAAGAAAAGAUUUUUUUUUUAUGCAGGGAUUCAAUUUUUUUCCUUCCCCACCUUUUUGUGUGUGAACAUAUACGGUGAAGCUCGUACAAUUCAAUGUUCCUGUGAUGGAAAGGUACGACAUUACCACCGAUGGUUAUACAACUGAUGCAAAGGCAAGAGUAACCUCAUUUACCAUGGAAUAUACUUGAGAAUGCAAGAUUAACCAUAGUUAAAAAAAUUAUUAUUUAUUAAUAUUUUCUACUUAAGUAUCACAUGUCCAGUCCUAGGAUCAGACAGAAAUAGAAGCAGAAAUAGAUCCAGAAAAUACAAACUGAGACAUUGAUAAGAAACUAAUGAUAUUUUUAAAUACAGUUGUUGUUUUUUUACAUGGUCUAAUUUAGGGCAAAGGGACAAAACAACUUUGAAUUCAAAUCUUUUUGAUGUCUGAAUAGAAAAUGUUAGGGAGGUGAAGAACUCUUGUUAAACAUGGAGGCGACCAUAUUUCAAGCAAUACUUUCUGAUUAGGUUGUUAAUGUAUAUUUGAUUGUACUCAUUUUAUUGUUUUGCCUCAGGUGUUUUUUUGUUUUUUUUAUUAGUUAAUUUUUCUAACACUAAGAAUAUUGGAGAUGUUAUUGUUCAAGUCUUUUUGAACUGUUUAAUUGGAUUUCUCUGUAGCAUGGAAGAUAGCUGAUGGCAACUCUAGAACAGGCCUUGCUCCCUAUGGUAGAUGCCUCUCUUUGUUUAGGCUCAUGCUUUUGUUUCUUGUUUAGUUUAUAAGAAUUUGUUUCACGACUAGAACCUGAAGUCAAGGUUUUAUUUAAUAUAGAAUGAUUUUGUUCACUUUAUUACAUUUUCUGUUGAUGACAUGAACUUGCAUGUGUUAAUCCAUUUGUUGUUGACUUGUAGAGUUCAAGUGUAUCUAUGUAUGUAUACAUAAUAUAUCUAUAACUAUUCAACUGUAACUCUGAACUAAUAAACAAUUUCAAAGUCUUUUGAUGGCAUGCUUAAAGGAGGAGUGUGAUAGUUACUGUUCUAUUCCCAUUGUUAAUAUUCAGAGGCAUCAUCUGUGUGAUAUCUACAUUAUGUGUUGUUGUUGAAGUAUGCAUUUUAUACACACAUGACAUUUUUUUUAAAUUCUAGAAUGUGGGUCCUUGUUAGCAGAGUACUUUAGCGCUUGGCUUCUAAACCAAUGAAUUCUGGCAAAGACUGCAAAUUUCAAAUUCAAGAUGUUUAAUUUUGCCCCUGAGUCCACUCAAUUCUAAUGUGUAACUAACAUUUGUUGGGGAAAUAAAAAAGCUGUUGGUUGUUCUGGCCAAAUGACACCCUUGUUAACAGAGAAACAAAUGAGCUUUACAUUAUCUUCAUCAUCACAGCGGCAUCUGUACCAGCAGUUCUCAACCUGUGGGUCAUGACCCCAUGGGGUUGAAUUAUAACUAGUCAUGGGUUGCCUAUGACCAUCGUGUUUUUCCCCCCUGCUAUUCGGAUAUGUAAAACAUGACAUUAUACAAAGUGUUUCCACUGACAGUUACUAUUUUGUUUUAUUACUGUAAAUGUCAUUCAAGAGUAGAUGUUGCUGACAAUCGAAUCAGGAUAUCAAACAUUUUUAUUUUAACAGUCUACUUGAGGUAUAUAAAUGAGGAUGAUUUGAAAGACUUAGUCUGAUCUUUUGAAGCAGAAAGAUGCUCAACAUGCAAACUUUGUACUUUCAUAACCAUUUUGCAGCAAUGUAGUUCCCUGUAGUCAUGUUCCACCAUGCUUUUUAAGUUGGCACAUUGUAAUAUACAUGAAUAUGGUGAAAAGGCAAAAGAAAAACAAUAAAGCAAGUCUCUUUUAUUUGUAAUUUAAUUAUAACCAGAAAUUUAUUUUACACAAAAUAUAAUUAUAUAAUGCUUUUCCUCAUCUGGUUGUCAACAAAAAAAAAUAUUUAGCUAAUGUAUAGGCCUUACAUUAUGAUUACAAUAUUAUAUCAAAAGCACAGUAACUUACUUACUUAGGCCUAUGAACAAAAGGUUGAGAACUGCUGAUCUAUAUACAGGCACAGAUUAGGCUGACACAGAAUAAGCAUAGUUUACAUAAUGUCAUUUUGGGGGUACAUUGGAGACAAUAUACAAAGUUGAUGAAUACAUUUUGAAUGUAAUAAUGUAACUUGAAAUAAUUAAUUGAAAUAUUCAAGAAAAUAAGAUUUGUAACUUAAAAGUUGUGUGCAAAAAUGUGGUUUAAAGGAAGAGAGGAUUAAACUUUUGCUCAGUUAUCAUGCUAGAAACCUGUAUGUCCUUCCAUGUUUGAAUGUAAAUUAUGCUUGAUUAUAAACAGAAACAAAUCACUUGUGUAGAAUUGUGAAUCUGGACUGUGUCUCAGGCCUUAUUAUGGUAUGCACUGGAGUGAAGGUGCUGUAUUGUAUAUAUGUGUAUUUACUGGCCUGAGGCACAAGGAACUGAUGGUUAGUCCUUGUGUGCAAUGAACUGAAACUGUCUUUAAUUAAAUCUUGUCAAUUUGUUUCUUAAUUAAUUGUCAUUUUAUGAAUGAAAUGCUUGUUUGAUUCAUUUGAUAUAAUCAUGAUUGUAGAACAAUACACAUUAUUAUACACAUGUUUUUUUUUAAUUAGAGCAAAAUAUUUAUUUUCUUUCACCAAGGCUUUACACACUUUGAACUUUCAAGUAAAAGUUCUUUCAUAAAAAAAAUUGCUUUUGACAUUUUAUGAACCUUUUGUUUACCAAAUCCAUUUCAUCUUUUUAAAUGUAUAAGAUUCAUUCACUAGCAGGAUGUUGGUAAUAAAUUCGUUUAUAAUGCCUAUACUUUAAAAAAGAAAAAAAAAAAGCUUUAGAAUCAUAGAGCUAUUUUUUGAAUUCAGUGACAUGGAUGAUACUAUACUUCUUAACUUUGUUGAGAAAAUUCAUUUGUAGUCAGGACACAUUUAUUUGAUCCUUUUGAAGUUAAUUGUUGAUGUCAGUUGGUAUGCUGGAUGUUUUAAUUGUACAAACUUGUCUGGAUGAAUAAAGAUCUGUGCUGUCAACAUCUCACUCAUUGAACAACUUCUACCCUGGCUGUCAUUCUCUCCCUUGGAGCUGCUGCCAGACAUGUUGAGUGGCUAACUAGUCCACUGUGUCGUAUCUACUGACAUUUCUUACUUAGGCCUCUCAAAUUGUUCAUGCUCCCUUUCCUUGGUGCUUUAUCUUGAUAUGUUUUAUACGUUCUGAAUAUAUACUAAAUCUUCCAUUGAAAAUUUGUACAUGAUCCUUUUCUUGAGUGCUUUAUCAAUUUCUUUAUUUUCUGAGUACAAAAUAUUCCAUUGAAGGCAUGAAUGCAUGUACUAAAUCUUCCCUUGAUUGUUUUCUUCCACUGGGAAACUUAAUGUUUCAAUCUUUUGUAUGAGAUGAAAUUCUUUUUGACUAUUUGUUCUUAAUUUAAUGGAGAAACAACUGGGAUAUGUACACAUACUAUGUGAACUUUGUUUAGGAAUACAUGCUCAUUAUUAAGAGUUUUUUUCUUGUAUUUAUGUCUACAUUGUAUAUUAGAAAAGGAGAAAGCUAGUCAGCAUUGUUGGUUAAGAAUACUUUUUUUUUUCUCUCUGUAACUAUAUUGUUAUAAUUUAAUUAUUUAUUUUAGUUAAUAGUCCUACAGAAAAUUGUAUCUACUACUUUAAGUUGAUGUAUUUCCCUAACUACCAAUAUUGAGCACAGCAUUGUACUAUGAGCUUGGACCACACAAAGAAAAGCAUGACGAUGGACCACCUUUGUUUGUUGUUAACUGGUGAUGCACUACAAUACUAAUAAUCUUCUGAUGUCUUGUAUCAGCAUUUAGUCACACAUUCUGUCAUUAGGAGCUUAUGUUUUACUUAUACACACCAUUAUAUGCCCAGUUUUAAUGUUGACUUCAUCUUCCACUUCCAUCAAGAUGUAUUGACUGUAUUAAACUUAACGCAAGGAGUGUAUACCAAAAUGUGAGCCAUGUGAAAUAAUUACAUGGUCAAUAUUUGUGCUCUUUCUGCUAAAUCUCUCCACAUGAUUUUCGGUAUCCGCUUACAAGUAAAUCUCCUAUGUUCAGCUUAUAUUUGUUAUACCCUGAGUUACAAACAGUAUUUCAUCCUAAACAUUGCUGACAAUUUAAAACUAUAGUCUAUUGAAGCAGUCAUAUUACUUAGACAGAAGAAAACUAGGAUUUCCCAAAUACCAUAAAAAUGUAUAGUUAAAAUCCACUGCUUUCAUAUUCUUGUUACAUAGCUGUGUAUUUUUGGUUUUGUGUGACAUUGGGUUCAUUUAUUUGAUGUGGGCGUUAAUUGCAGGAUGGAUAGUUGCCGCUUGAAUAAAACUUUGUCAUUUGUCUACUGAGGUUAAAGUGAAAUGAACUAUAUUCCAGACCGCUUUUCUUUUGUUAAGUUGUAUUUCACUAAGGAAAUUAUUGAUGUUCUUUAUGUAAUAGAAAAAUAAAUAUUGUUAUUGCAUUUAUAUUUCUAGCCCAAUCAGCUGUUACUUGUGCUUAUAACAAAAAAAAACUGUUUUAUUCUUAGUGCUUCCACCUAUUCUUUUGUUGAUUUUUUUUUUGAUAAACAUAACAUUGUUGAGAUGCUUUUUGUGCAUGAAAAAAUAAAACCUUUGAUAAGUUUGUUCAAUCUCAUUUUAAUGGAUCAAUUUUUAAAUGCAUUGUUUUGUUUUGUUUUUCUUUGCUUCCUAUGAACAGAAUAUUCAUUGUGGUUAAGGCAUGGAGGCCUACAGUCAUUAUUUAUAGCUUUAGAAUGGGUUAUGGAAACCUAAAGAUAAUUAGCUAUCAACUGCAGUCAUAAGUGGGAAAUACUGCUGCAGUUCAUUUCUAUCUACUUAGUUAUAACAGUGUACUUCCAUCCUCUGAUACUGAACCAAUCAUAGCAUGCUUUAUGUAACUAUACAAUAUUUGUAAUGCUCUUCAUAAAGGUUUUAAAAAAUGUCAACUUAGUUACAUUGCUCAACAUAAAGUUUUUUGUUUGUAAUUUAAAUACUAGAGUACUUCCCGUUUCUACAUCUUUUCUCCCAUUUUGUUUAUAAGGCAAUACAGUGUUAGUAAACAAUAUUAUGUGCCUUUUGUUUCUUAAUGUAUGGUUUGUAAAAAUGGUCAUUAUAUGGUUGGUCUCCAAAAAUGUAAGAGGCAAAUUUUAUUCAGAUUUUCUUAAAGAAUGAAUAAGUUUCUGGAAACAAAAUUAGAAUUUUGCAAUAGCCUCCCAUUUCAUUGAUUUUAUCCUCUGAACUAGUUUUCUGUUCAUAUUUGUCAGAGAUUGCAUUAGUAUUGUUGUGCCUUAUUCUAUCCAUUAUUCUAUCUUUUCACUAUUUACUUUGAUUCAGAGUAUGCUGCUUCAUCUUAAAAGCUAGAACAUGGUCUCCUUUAUUUCCUUGUGUAUCUUUCACCCAAAUAAUGUAUUCAUGUAAGCUUUAACUUCAAUGUAACAUUGGCCAUGAUUGAUCAGUUUUACUAACAUCCAGAUUGUUUUUUUUUAAAUAAAUUCAUUUGACUUCCUUUAUACAAAAUGUGUUUAUAGAUAAAAUAGUGUUAAUAUCAUUUGAUCAAGAUUAAUAUAUAUUGAUAUCAGCUGGUUUAGCUGGUUGCACCUAGUCAUGAGUCAUGUUAGAGGCUUAAGUUUCAAAGGUCUAAGGUUAUUAUGUUUAUUAUGUCAGAUGAAUGAUGAUAAACUGCUAAAUGUCUAUAUGUGAAUAUUAUUUUGUUUUUCCUGGCUUAAAAUUGAAAAGAUUAAAAUAGUCUAAAAAUAGGUUUAAAAAUCCAAUUAAUAGGUUGGUAGAUCUAAAAGUACUGUUGAUAUGAUUGAUAAAGUUAUGACUUAUUUUAGAAAAAUUCUCUUUAUAGGGCUGAGCUUCCUAUUGAUAGGUGGAUUGGGACAAGCUCCCUGUUGAUAGGACUCAGAUCACUGAGAUUCCUGGCAAUAUGGUAAAUAAAAAAAAGAUGAUAUAUUUUUGAAAUCCUUGUUGAUAGGAAAGAGAUAUAAUAGCUAACCUAUUUUUUAGAGCCCUCUUGAAAUGGUUGACCUAUUUCUUAGAGCCCUCUUGAAAUGGUUGACCUAUUUCUUAGAGCCCUCUUGAAAUGGUUGACCUAUUUCUAAAAGCCCUCUGAAAUAGUCGACCUAUUUCUUAGAGCCCUCUGAAAAUUGUUGACCUAUUUCUUAGAGCCCUCUGAAAUUGUUGACCUAUUUCUUUGAGCCCUCUGAAAUGUAUUUCUGUUCAAGUGUAACAUUUUCAACUGACAUGGUAGCUCCUGAAAUCCAACAAAGAAAUAUUCCAAUUUGAACCUGGGGCAUUCAAGUGCAUUUACAUUUGCCACCAUUAUUCUACAAAGAAAAAAAGGGGGAGGGGUAUACGUAGCAAAAAAAAACAAAACCUUUUUCUGUUUGGGAUGAGCUUCUGUCAUUGUGUCAUUGAAUUAUGUUUUAACUUCUAUUUAUUUAUUUUUUUUUUUUUUUUUUUUUACUUCUGCCAUAUGUCAGCAGUGUUGUGAUUUGAAAUGAUGCCACUGUCUAGGAUGCCUUCAUUUGUAUCUAUGUGCUGUUUUUUUGUUUUUUUUACAAUGAAUUUUUUUUUCACUCAUUUAAGUAUGACUGUUGGUUCUGUUUAUGUUUUACUUUUACAAAGUAAUGUUUUAAAUGUACCAUAUGAUAUAUAUAUUUAUAAUAUAUAUAUACCGGUAGGUAAAUAAGAGUUACUUCUCCUGUACACCUUUUGUUAUUUCUGUAUUUGACAUCACUGCAAGAAGUGAAUAGGUUGUUGACUCUUGUUUUUUUCCUUGCAUUUGUUUUUUAUUUCUAAACUUGUUUGUUUUGGAUGUAUGUAUGACGCUAUAUUAGAGUUCUUUUUUUUUGUCUUCUUUAUAUUAUUAGAUAAUGUGAAAAAAAAAAGGGUCACUGCAAAAAUAGUUAUGCAGUCAAAUCUGGUUAAUUGGACCAGCCACUUGUUCAGACCAAAACCUAAAAUACUGAAACCAAUCCUCUUAUACAAGUGAAUUCUGUUAAUCAGACUAGCUGGUUAUUGCUUUCUGAUGUAGUUCUAUGUACUAGAUUCAACUGUACCAUAUAGACUCUAGAGUUAGAAGCAAUCUUAGUUUAGUUUGACAUAACUAUGGAAAAGUGGAUGUUGGGAAGAAAGAAGGUCAAAGAAUCACUCAGUUAUAGGGAAAUAGAGCCAGUCUCAAGUAGUUCUCACAAAUGUAAUCCUGACAGUCACAGUGACUGGUUGCUAUAGAUUCUUUUAAAGUUUGGGUUUUUCCACUUGAGUUUGGGGAAUAAGAGGAACAGGGUUUAGUUUUCAGAAAGUCUGUUAUGGCUGAAGUCUUAAGUUUGAUUAUAUUCAUACAAGCUGAGAUAAGAUGAGUUUUAAGUGCAUGAGUUUUAGAUGACUGCAAUCUACAAGUCUUCAUUUUAAUGAAAUAUAUACAAGAAAUUGUUAUGAUAAAUCUAAGGUCAAAGGAAUUUAAAUGCACGAGUUCUAGAUUACUCCAGUGUUUCAUAGCCUACAGGAGCUCCUUAAUAGCCUUGUUUUACAUUAUGUAAAUGUUAUUAGUGAUGAAUAGGUAUAUACAUAAAUGUAUGGUAACUCUCUCUCUAUAUAUAUAUAUCAAGCUCCAUGUGUGUACUAUAAAUAUGCCUCUGCAGUACUUAGUUAUGUGAUCUGUGUCAGUGGCUCUAGGAUGUUUGACAACUACAUUAACAUAAAUGAAUGACUGUUUUGGAUAUAUGCCAAAAAAACAAAACAUGUCUUGAUAUAUUAUAUUUAUAAAUACAUAUAUAGGCCUAUUUACACCAGUCUGCAUGUGUAUGCCAGUGUGAUUGUAAAGAUGUUUUAUUUGUGUUCCUGUAAUUAUUCAUGCCAGCUUUGUGUGAGGAGUGAAAGGAAGUAAUCAUUGUUUGCUGUAACAGACAACUCUCCAGGAGGAAAUAGGAACUAUGUAAUAAAACUAAAAAAAAAAAUUGGGAAUAUGUCAA